AUUAACUCUUUACUAUAUAGCAUGUAAAACUUUUAUUGAAUAUAAUAUAUUAUGAAGGACGGUAGGGCGCAUGUCAAACAAACUAUGUCGUACUGCAAGUCUCUUACAGUUAUUGCGAGUUCGUAUCGAUGCUUUCCAUCAUCAAUUAAAAACAGUUGUGAAGGAUGAGUUUUUCCGAGAAAUCUCUUAACGAGCAGGAUUGAUGUAAAAUAUAGCCCGUCCAUUACAAGGCGUUGGGACUGGAUCAACCUUUAAUAACAAUACUCGCCACCGUAAAAAUUUUCCAAGAAUGCAGUAUCAUUGGAAUCAUGAACGUUUGGACGAAGAGAGAGACUUGAAGAAAGAACAGUCGCCUUUUAUUUUUCCUUCCUGCUCACAAACCUUGGCUUAUCUUCAAUGGUGGAAGGCGCGGAAGAAAAUGACAAUAAACAAACGCGAUAAAGUAAAACAGAAGGAUCAGCAGAAAAAUGAGAUUGCGCAAGGACUACACGUAGAACCAGAAAUCACAAAGAGAUACAUGGAUCUGUCCGAGGCAAUUGCCAUGACGGACGUGGAUCCGGAGUAUUUUACGGAAUUAGCUGGCAGACCUGCGAAAGAAAAAUUUUCAUUGGAACAAUACGUGUUGGACACGCGAGAGGUGUUGAAAGCAAGACUGCUCAUUGGCCAAAAGAAAGACGACUGUAUCCGCAUUGAUCAGCAGUUCGAGCAAGAGUCGUACCGAUUACAAAAAAUCCAGGAGCGUCAUCAGCGAUACGUGAGCAGUUUUGAAGAAUUUUUGUCGAAGGAUCACAAGAGAAGUAUGAGUAUACUGGACAGAGCGGAUCAGGAAACGAAGCUGACGGAGCAGAUUUGUGCACGUAGAAACGAGCUGGCGAAACAGUAUGGCCAGAUCAGGCUGGAUAUUUACUUCUGGGAGGAAAACUGGAGAAUGGUGAAGAUGUGUCAACUGUUCCUCUAUCGGCUGUCACCUAUCGCUUGGAGGAGCAAGCACGACUGGUCGCACCGACUCGAAACCGGCAGCCUUAUCUCUGUUAACGCCGGGGACUUGUUCAAUAGAUACGGAACACCAGAUGACGACGCCUCUUUGGAGGACCUGAUAGAGUUAUUCGAGCGAGACAUUGCCGAAGCCGGUCCUGCCGAGUUAUACUUCGAGGAUCCUUUCGAUCUCGUCCAAGUAUUCCGAGCGAUGGAAACGCAAAAUUUAAAUGCGCUCGUACAUCUGGAAUCACUCGCUGGCCCAAUGGCGGAUGUGACUAUGACUAUCGCCAUGACUGAAGCGCGUAUCAAGCAGGAAGUCAGCGAGAUCUCCUCAACGAUCGACGACUUGAGAAAACACAUUGCCGAAGCGGAAGACAGGGCGGCGAGUCUCGAGGAAUACGCCGAUCAUCUUCUUCGAGGCGUUUUUCGAAAUCUCGUUUGCUCCGAGGAGGUUCUCUAUCUUCGUGUCUUCGUGGAGGACACGUACGAAGCUUGCGUGGGACCAAAUGACGCGAAUCUCGAUAGUUUCUCGAUGAUGAGAUGGGUGGAAAGAACCCACGAGGAACUGAAUCUUCAACUGGACAAUCUGCCGCAUCGAAUUGUUCGCGCUUGCGAGAGAGAAGGAUUUAAACAAGAGAUGAAAGCUACGAAAGAAGCAGAAGACGCAGCGAAAAAGUUCGAGCUGAUGCACCGACUGUUGAGCAUGUUGAAGCGCAUUAUGCAACCACCUAAGACGAAAAAACGGCCGUUAAUUCGACGUUCGACGCCUAUCGCGACCAAGACCAAAUUGUCACUGCCUACGUUGCAACCAACAGCUCAGGAAACGCGACAUCUCGUAUUCUUCACCGAUUUCUGCAAGUGCGACAAGUCUGAAAAAUAUCGUGCCAAGUUACCAGACGAUUUUGAUUUCACGUUCCGAAGCAUACCUAUCGAUGUUCAAACCGAGUCAACGAUAUUGGCGGACGAGGCGUUUUCAAAUCAAGAGCGAGGACGCGAAGCGGAUAAAACGGAAAGAGGCGAAUGAACGUUGCAGCUGAAAAUAUAACGGAAUCAGCGGAUUUAUUUGAAAAUUCCU